UUGCAAUCUAGCUUUCAGGGGGGAAGUUCCAGACUGUAGUAGAAUAAUAUCCAUAUAAGGUCGUCAAGCGAUUUUGUAAUGCAUAGUCUUUAGAUAUCGUCUUCUCCUACCCUGUGUGGUACUAUACUGUAUGUCAUCAGGGUGAGUGUGCAUAGUGGAACGCACACAAUGUCGUACAGGAACUUGCAGGCUUGCCGGAAACUGCAAUGCCCUCGUGCAUAGAGAGGAUUCAACAGAAGAAGGUUGGAUCGCAGAGGGAGUUGUAGGAGAUCAACAAGGACGACUCAGUAACUAAUCAACCAAACAUCAAUUGUUGAUAGUAGCAACUAGCAACAGUGAAGAAUGUCGACGAAAGAACGGGGCCUGGUUUAUCUCGUCACCGGGGGCUGUGGGUUCCUCGGACAACACCUGUUACAGGUCCUUUUGGAGAAAGAGGAUGCGGUAACGGAAAUUCGACUUUUUGACAAACACAUCGACUCAAGUUUAAAUGGCCACAGCACAGAGCGGGUAAAGGUGGUGGUGACACAGGGGGACAUCACAGAUUACUCCAGUGUCCGGGAGGUUUCCAAGGGGGCAGACCUGGUCAUCCACACAGCCAGCCUGGUGGAUGUCUGGCACAGAGUCCCUGAGACAGUCAUCCAGGCUGUGAAUGUUCAAGGAACUGUGAAUGUGAUCAAUGCCUGUGUGGAGAAUGGUAUUCAGUAUCUGGUCUACACCAGCAGCAUGGAGGUGGUCGGCCCCAAUGUGAAAGGAGACCCCUUUAUCAGAGGUGAUGAAGACACCAUCUACAAUGUUUAUCAUGAUAUGCCCUACCCCAGGAGCAAGGCCAAGGCAGAGAAACUGGUGUUGGAGGCCAAUGGCAAUAAGGUGAAUGAAGGGGCCUGCUUGUACACAUGCUCCCUCCGUCCCACAGGGAUCUAUGGUGAGCAGCACCAGCUGAUGAGGGACUUCUAUCAGAUGGGUGUGAGGACAGGGGGCUGGAUCAUUCGAGGCGUCCCAAAGGACACGGAACAUGGUCGUGUCUAUGCAGGUAACGUGGCUUGGAUGCAUCUGCUGGCUGCUCGCUCCCUGAGAGAGCACCCCCAAAGGCUUGGAGGGGAAGUUUACUUCUGCUAUGACGACUCACCCUACAAGAGUUAUGAGGAUUUCAACAUGCAGUUCCUGUCUGGGUUCAACUUCCGCCAGGUCCAUGUGCCGCUAUUGGUGCUGUGGUUGGUGGCGUGCCUGAAUGACCUGCUCCGCUGGGUGCUGAAGCCUGUGUGCAGCUACACACCAUUACUCAACCGCUACACACUCGCUGUGGCCAGCACCUCCUUCACAGUGGGUUCAAACAAGGCCCAGCGCCACUUCCAGUACCGCCCCCUCUAUGACUGGGACCAGUGCAAGGCCCGCACACAGAGAUGGGUGGACACCUUUCCCUUCACAGGCCCCAAGGACUCCUGAUCUGGGCUGGUCUGGUGGAACCUUGUCUGGGCUAAACCGAUGCAUCACACAUCAUAACCUGGGAUGGAUGGAGGAGUGAGAGGACUUUCUCAGAUUUAUAUUCUCACUAUGUUUGCUUCAUCAUAAGCAGUAUUAUCAUUACACAUAUGCAAACAAACUCUUGACCCCUGAACUCUUAAACCCUGAACUACGACCUCCUAUACGUGUUCUUCAAAAAUGGUUAUGUCCUCCUACCUGUCAUUACUUGUGGCUAGCCUGUAGCUCCUCAGGCAAAAUGAUGACAAGGCAUGUUCCACACUGAAAUGGGUCACUUAUCCAUCCCAUGAUCUUCUGAUUCACAUGAGACCCUUCCCAGCCCUAAAUAAGAGAUAAUAUAUUGAAGAUUCAAUAUAAAUGUUUGGGGCUUUAUCGGACAUUGCAAUAUUCAUCUUCUUACAAAAACGGUAGAUAUAAUGUGAUAGUAGUCAUAAAAGGGGAUAGAUAUGUGAUCUAGGAAAGCUGCUCAUGAAUUGUUUUGAGUCUAUUUCCAACAAUACAUUGCUAUACAUAUUUUGCAAUACAUACAUGAAAAUGCAAUACAUUUUUCACAAGACAUCAUCACUACAUAGACUUGAUCUGUUUUUGUUGAAGAGCACUAGUGCAGAAAAUAAGUAUUUACCUCUUCAACAUGCAUUAAUGCACACAGAGAAUAUUCUCUGAAUAUGUUCUAUGUGAUUUUAGAGUUUUGUGAAUCACCUGCUGUACAUUAAGGUAAUAUAAUCAUCUGAAUGCACUGACAAUUUAAAAACAAUAAUUUAAAAAAUAUUUUAAAAUAAUAUUUGCCAGUGCAUUCAGAUUUUAAACUUCAGACAGAGAAAUGGUUCAUUUUAUAUUUCAUGCCUAUUGAUGAAAUUAUAAUUUUGAGAAGUAGUGUUACUUAAAGAGCAACUGAAGGCAAUAAAAAAACAUAUAUUCUAUUCUCUGGUAGAAAAUGGCCUAUGUCUCAAAGCAACUAUACAUUAAUGAAAUGUAAGCAUUUCAUGAGACGCCUAUAAAAGAUGUGUAACAUGAAAAUAUUGUCCCAUUUACAAUGUGUAAUUUAUUGACAGUCGCUAACUAUCCCCAGAGAUAGGCUAUCCAAAGUCAAAACAAUUUUGACACUGUCGCACACCAGCCGGCAAAGAAGUUGGAUAGCGUGCUAGAUAAUUUAGGCUUCUUCCAGACACAACCUUGUUCGACUGUUUCAAGUUAUCUCAAAGGGUGUGUAUUGUUUUGGCAGAGUGUAAGUACAAAUGCUUCCCACAUCGGAAAACACAACAGACACCCACAUCAAAGAGCGCCGAGACCCAAAACUUGUUAAGUUUAAUUUCCUAAUGAGGAGAAUUGAAACCAGGACUCGAUCAGGAAGUUCAGCCCUCUUUAAGAAAACAAUUAGACAUACUUGGAACACAGGAGGUUGGGGGCAUCUUAAUUGGGGAGGAUGGGCUUGUGGCAAGGACUGGAGCGGAAUUGGUGGAAUGGUAUGUGUUUUUUUAUUUAUUUUUUGCUUUUUAUUUUUGCAUUUUCCAAUUAAGAACAUUCAAAACAAAAGUGAAAAGAUAUUAGACAACGAUAGGACAAAGUGACAGUAACAGACGAACAUAAAAAAAUAUAUAUAUAAUUAUAGUUAUAUAAACAAACAUACAAUAAUAAAAAAUAAAAUAUUUAAAAAAAAAUAACGAGACAUUGGAUCACCUGCCGUAGGCUACAUAAUAUACAUUACGUGUGAAACAUUAUGUGAGGAUUAUAUAUAGAUUCAAUCAAUGAGAUGUGGGGGGAGAUUCUCCAUAUAGUCAAAAGGUUGCCAAAUUUUGUAAAAUGUCUUUAACCGUGCUUUUACACCUGCAUUGUUUGCUGUUUGGGGUUUUAGGCUGGGUUUCUGUACAGCACUUUGAGAUAUCAGCUGAUGUACGAAGGGCUAUAUAAAUAAAUUUGAUUUGAUUUGAUUUAACUUA